CGUUUGAGUUCAACUUGGCUUCCCAUCGGCCAAGAUAUUUCGAGAUUUCCAAAACUCAGUCUGAAAUUCUAAUGUAAUAACAAAAUAUUCUCAGAUCUAUAUAGGUUCCAACGUUAAUUGUUAGUGCGUGUAAUCACCCAACCCAGCUUACUCCAUCUUCUAGCCCAGUCUAUCUCUCAUAGCCCUGUUUUAGCAACCAAAAUUCUACCUCCAGAUGGACCGGAAGAAUCUUGAACAAGAUGAGUCUCAGGAGGUUAAUCGCAAGGAAAAUGCAGAAAAAAAUAUCUACGAUAUGAGUCUUGACCUCUCCAUACUUUCAGAACCUCCUCAUAUAAGGAAUUGGUUUCCUAGCUAUGUCUCACAAGUUCAAACGGUUGAUAAAAGUGAUGACUAUGACUACUCUCACUUUGGCAAAAAUGAAUCAGAUGUUAGGAAUGAAAUUAGGGAACCGAAUACAAAGGUUAAAGAUAUAUAUAACCUUUGUGUUGCAAAUGCAGAUCAUUACGAUGUCAUUUAUGGCAAUGACUCUGAUGAUGAAGCAAAAACUGGUCGUGUUUUGCGUGAAGGUAAAAUCAAUCCAGAGGAACCAAGCAGUCGUUUAGAAGAAGAAGUCAACGGAUUGAAGAACAGGGUCAAAUAUCUGGAAUCCGUCAUCGCGAAUUUGCAUGACCACAUUGUUCGACUGGUUAGUUCUAAUAAGAAGAGGAAGAUGUAAUGGUGCUAGCUCGCUGAUGAAUCAUUAGACCUAGGUCUCGACAUAAAAACCGUACCCGAAUAUCCAACCUGGAACCCGACUCGAAAAAUCGGGUUCGGGUUGGGUACGGGUAUUCUUAUAAAACCUUAUUGGGUUCUAUUUUCUAAUACCCGUGGGUUCGGGUUAGGGUCAAAUAAUACCCGGUACCCGUUUGGGUACCUAUUAAGCCCGAACGUGUAAACAUAUUUAUAAUAUUUAUCAUUAAUAUAAUGUAAUUACCCAAAAAUUAUGAUUAUAAUUUU